UCAUACCAAAAAAUCAUUCAAAAAAUUAAUGGCGGCACAACAACUCAUUCUGUAGUUGCGGUUUCAUAAAAUUGGUUUGCAUAUUUUAAGAGUUAUUUGGGCUUAAAAAUGACUUCUAACAAUUCAGUUAUAAGUGAAGAUAUGCUAGAAAACUUGACUUUUACACGCAGUACCUGGUGGAGCGAGUUUUUCGAGUCUUUUAGUGUUCGCGAGGAGGGUGAAAUUUAUGACGUCGAAGAAAUUGAUGAAACAUUUCUUGACGAUUCUUUAGAUGAAGAACAAAUGGAAUAUUGUGAAGGUGCGGAAGAAGAUGAUGCUCCGGAAGAUAUCGAACAUCACAGCCUAUUGAAAGCAAUAACAUUAAACGAAAAAAUAUCAUUUGUUGAGUCAUCUGAAAUUCAAGAUAUUUUAAAUGCUACUCUUCCAGUUUUGGAAGAACAUGAACGAAAAUGGAAAAAUGCCGGACUGCAGAGUAUUCUUAAUACAUUUGAUUCUGUACGCAUUAAGAAAGAAGUAGGCGGAUGGAUGCGUCGAAAUCAUAGUGUAACGACUACCGAAGUUGAAUCCGAUUCCAGUACAGAUUCAUCGAUUUCCUUUGAUACUGGGAACUAUAUUCGCACUACAAAGAAAAUGCAUAUGAAAAGCGGACUUAGUCGUAUUGAAUCGAUGAGAAGGUUAAAUUCUAAGCAAAUUCGUCAUAACCAUGGCAUGAUAAUUGAAGCAACAAGGUAUCGUGCUUACAAGUGCGAUUGCUGUAACUAUAAUCUGAAUAGAGCACCCAAGAUUCAGCAAUCAAAGAUAAUCGAAAAACAAGCCAGCCAAUCUAUGAUUGCUUCUUGCAGCAUGUCUCGGCCUAAUAGUCUUAAUCGCGAUCAAUUUGUAUCGUUUAAGACAACUAAAUAUGAUACUCCACCGAGAUCUUCACCUCCAAAAAAUAAUUUUAUCAAUACAGCACCUCCUAAAAUCACCACUAAACGGAUGGCAGCCUUGAAGGCUAGAGAAAAUCUUACUAAGAUGCAUAAGACUAAAUCAAAGAAUUCAGAAAAAAUGGCUAGAAUUGACAGAAAACAACAAACAAGCGAGUCUAUUAAAGAUUUUAAUCUCGCAACAAUAACAGAAACAAACAAGCCAUUUAGCCUAUCAUCCGAAGAUUUUAAAGAAAAUACAUUUCUUACAAACGUUGAAAAUAUUUGUAACUCGACAGCGCUGAACGGCGUUGCUGCGCGCAAACAGUUGAUUAGCCGGCCGCCGACGAUAACUGAAAGCUCGGAGACCAUUCCUUCUACGCCACGCGACAAAGGAAUGCCAAAUCAAAAUAAUUGUCGCACCACAACAUCUAAAUGCUAUGCAGUGGCAAACAAAUGUCUGCCGACCAUCAGAAAGCAGUCAAUAUCCCUUUCAGACAGCCCGCAUAGAUCGAAAGCUGGAUUAAAAAACAUUUACAAAUCUAAAGAACCAAACCUAGUUAACGCCACACGAGAAUUGGAAAUUUGUUCGCCACCUCCUGAGGGGCGAUUUUCUUAUAUGGACACGCCGCAUAGAUCGAAAGCUGGAUUAAAAAACUUUUACAAAUCUAAAGAACCAAACAAAGUUAAAGCCACACGAGAGUUGGAAAUUUGUUCGACACCUCCUGAGGGGCGAUUUUCUUAUAUGGACACGCCGCAUAGAUCGAAAGCUGGAUUAAAAAACUUUUACAAAUCUAACGAACCAAACAAAGUUAAAGCCACACGAGAGUUGGAAAUUUGUUCGACACCUCCUGAGGGGCGAUUUUCUUAUAUGGACACGCCGCAUAGAUCGAAAGCUGGAUUAAAAAACUUUUACAAAUCUAACGAACCAAACAAAGUUAAAGCCACACGAGAAUUGGAACAAAAGACUAAAUCAAUUAAGGCGUUUGAUCCGGAAGAAAAGCGAACACUUAAAAGUAUUGAUUCAGUUGACUUGAUUUCAUCCCCAUCAACCACCGAUUCAGAAGAAAUAGUUAAAACUGUCAGAAAACCAACUAAGACUCCAAAAACAAGGGAAUUUGUUAAAGAUUUUAAUCUCGCAACAAUAACAGAAACAAACAAGCCAUUUAGCCUACCAUCCGAAAAUUUUAAAGAAAAUACAUUUCUUAAAACCGUUGAAAAUAUUUGUAACUCGACAGCGCUGAACGGCGUUGCUGCGCGCAAACAGUUGAUUAGCCGGCCGCCGACCAUAAAUGAAAGCUCGGGGACCAUUCCCUCUACGCCACGCGAAAAAGGAAUGCCAAAUCAAAAUAAUUGUCGCGCCACAACAUCUAAAUGCUAUGCAGUGGCAAACAAAUGUCUGCCGACCAUCAGUGAGCAUUCAAUAUCCCUUUCAGACAGCCCGCAUGGAUCGAAAGCUGGAUUAAAAAACAUUUACAAAUCUAAAGAAUCAAACGAAGUUAAAGCCGGACGAGAGUUGGAAAUUUGUUCCUCACCUCCUGAGGAGGGGCGAUUUUCUGGAACGGCUAUUCAAGACACACCAAAUCCACGUUAUGGAAAAAAAGAAGAAACUAUUGUUCGCAAUGAAAGGAAAUCACCUGUUGGUGCUAGUAACGUUUCGCCUGUUCGGUUAAAUGCUGAUACCCCAACAAAAUCAAUAACUCAACAAAGAAUUGAUAAACGAAUUCCAAUAUAUAAACCUCAGCAAAAGCAACAAACUUCAGAUAGCAAUUUCGAAGUAACUAGAGAACUUUUGAGUAGUGUGAUUGGAGAGGAGAAAGCGCGUCGUUUUUUCAAAUACAAUCUGGGAGCGGUUAUAUUUCCGAUUACAUCCACUGUAUAUUACUGCCCGCCUGAGAAAGAACUCUGUAGCUCAGAUAGUGAUGACGAUCCUCUGGAUAAAUUUGGACGUUAUGGCGAACUGAAUGAGUCUGUGCAACAUAACUAAGUCGUUGAACGAUUAUUUUAAUUAUUUUAAAACUAAUAUUUCAUCGACUAUUUGCUUUUCCGUUAUGGGUUUUUUUUCAUUUUAAUGGCAUAUAUACUGUCUUCGACACACUUUCGCGUUACUUUUCGCAGCAUAAUUGUAAUUGUCGUCAGUACGAGUUCGAAAGUUGUUGUUUUUUACAAUCUCCGCACUACAGAGUGUCGGAGAGGUGUUUAACAGUUGAAAGUUAAUUGUAAUUUGUAAUUUUUGUGAAUUGUCUUUUAACCAGGCCAAAGGAAUAAGGCCAACAAUAAGUUGGGGUUAGUGAAAUGUAACCACGUUCACACCGAGAAUGCAAUUUGUUUAAAUAAAUAAUAACAGAUAUUCAA